UCGCACAGGCCCGCUCGGCGCGGAGGUGGAGCGGCGGCGGCGGCGCCGGGAGCGCCGCGGCCAUGAACGCGGAGAACCAGGGCUGCAGCGAGCGGCUGGUGACGGCGGCCUAUGUGCGCCAGGGGGCGCAGGGCCGCCGCGCGCACGAGCUGCGCCUGCGGGCGCUGCUGGAGCAGGGGAAAUGUCCUGAAGAUGGAUGGGAUGAAAGCACCAUUGAAUUGUUUCUUCAUGAACUUGCUAUAAUGGAUAGCAAUAACUUCCUGGGCAACUGUGGUGUUGGUGAGAGGGAAGGAAGAGUGGCUUCAGGUCUUGUUGCCCGAAGGCAUUACAGGUUGAUCCAUGGAAUUGGAAGGUCAGGUGAUAUUUCUGCAGUACAGCCUAAAGCUGCAGGUUCAAGCCUUUUGAACAAACUUACUAAUUCAGUAGUACUGGAUGUUAUAAAACUGGCUGGUGUCCGGACAGUGACCAGUUGCUUCGUUGUUCCUAUGGCAACAGGCAUGAGUCUAACUCUGUGUUUUUUAACAUUGAGGCACAAGAGACCAAAGGCAAAAUACAUUAUCUGGCCACGUAUAGACCAGAAAUCUUGCUUUAAAUCAAUGAUAACUGCAGGUUUUGAGCCUGUGGUGAUAGAAAAUGUAUUAGAAGGUGAUGAGCUACGGACAGACCUCAAAGCAGUGGAGGCCAAAAUCAAGGCUCUUGGUGCUGAAAAUAUUCUUUGUGUGCAUUCUACAACAUCUUGCUUUGCUCCAAGGGUACCUGAUAGGCUGGAGGAGCUGGCUGUAAUUUGUUCUAAUUAUGACAUUCCACAUAUUGUCAACAAUGCAUAUGGAGUUCAGUCUUCAAAAUGUAUGCAUCUUAUCCAGCAGGGUGCUCGAGUUGGCAGAAUAGAUGCUUUUGUUCAGAGCUUGGACAAAAAUUUUAUGGUGCCAGUAGGUGGUGCUAUCAUUGCUGGCUUCAACGAGUCCUUCAUUCAGGAGAUCAGCAAAAUGUAUCCAGGAAGAGCAUCUGCGUCUCCUUCUUUAGAUGUCCUCAUUACACUUCUGUCUCUGGGAACCAGUGGCUACAAAAAGUUACUGAAAGAGAGAAAGGAGAUGUUUUCGUAUCUUUCAAGUGAACUGAAGAAGCUGGCAGAUAACCACAAUGAGAGACUGUUAGAUACACCACAUAAUCCCAUUUCCUUAGCCAUGUCACUGAAGACUCUAGAUGAAACUAGUGAUGCUGCUGUUACCCAUCUUGGAUCUAUGCUUUUCACAAGACAAGUUUCUGGAGCAAGGGUUGUUCCCUGUGGGUCUGUACAAACUGUGAAUAACUACACUUUUAAAGGCUUUAUGUCACAUGCAAAUGACUAUCCUUGUGCUUACCUCAAUGCUGCCUCAGCAAUUGGAAUUAAAAAGCAAGAUGUAGAUGUAUUCCUAAAAAGACUUGACAAGUGUUUGAAGACUUUUAGAAAAGAAGCAAAGCAAGAAAAAAGUAUAAAUGAAAUAAGUGAUGCUAAUGCAGCCACAGAACAACUUGAAGACUAGAAGAUACAGAUGUAGUAGCACAGGAAGAUAAGGUUUUGUCUGAAGUAUGUCAGGUUUGUAUUGGGUUAGGACUACGCAUCUGCUGUGCAGAAAUUUAUUCUUGAUUUUAUAUUCUUGUUAUUGAAAACAAUAAUAAAAAUUUGGAUGAAAUCAGCUUUAAGAAAGUAGGUGAUACUCUCUUCAAGAACAAAGGACCAGACACAAGUUUUUUUGCAGUGUAUGAAAAUGCACUUAUUAUAUGCCAAAGUAAAGCUUUAUGUUCACAAAGACUUACAGUUUGCCUUUCAA